GGAAAGGAGGCGGAGGAGGCGACAGGGGCAGGAAAUUAGUUUGUGGCGUGAUAGCGUGGGGCGCCAGUAGGGAAGAAGUGCCGACUCAGGAGCUUCUUGCCGUGUUUGGCCUUUUCGUUGUCCUGGAAAAGGUCGGAAGUGGGAUUGAAAUGAGAGGUAGAUGAAGCAACGUAACAAGACACUCAGUUUUGCCUGAUUUCUGUAUGUUGUCCUCUCCUGUACGCCUCAUUCCCAGAACAGUCCGGCUUGUUCAUUCCCCGAUCUGCAAUUUUUCCCGUUCCUUCAUGGAUUUGAAGGUGCUCCUUUCCUCCUUGAAUGACUUUGCAUCCCUCUCAUUUGCUGAGAGUUGGGACAAUGUUGGAUUACUGGUGGAACCAAGCCCACCACACGCUGUACACACACUCUUCCUUACCAAUGACUUGACCGAGGAAGUAAUGGAGGAGGCGCUGCAAAAGAAGGUGGAUCUCAUUCUCUCCUACCAUCCACCUAUUUUCCGACCCUUAAAGCACAUUACCUGGAAAACCUGGAAGGAACGCCUGGUGAUCCGGGCUCUGGAAAACAGAGUCGGUAUUUACUCUCCUCACACAGCCUAUGAUGCUGCACCCCAGGGAGUCAACAGCUGGCUGGCUAAAGGGCUUGGAGUUUGCACCUCCAGGCCCAUACAUCCUUCCAAAGCUCCCAACUACCCCACAGCAGGGACGCAUAGAGUAGAAUUCAGUGUUAACUGCACCGAAGACCUGGACAAAGUAAUUUCUGCAGUGAAAGAAAUUGCAGAUGUUUCUGUCACUUCUUUUUCUACUAGGACUGAUGGUGAAGAACAAACACGGAUUAGUCUGAAUUGUAGUCAGGAGGCUUUGAUACAGGUGGUGGCUUUUCUUUCCCAGAGCAGACAGUUCUAUCAGAAGACCGAAAUUCUGUCACUGGAGAAGCCUCUGCUUCUACAUACUGGAAUGGGACGGUUAUGCACACUGGAUGAAUCUGUUUCCUUGGCAACCAUGAUUGAGCGAAUCAAAAGGCACCUUAAACUAUCUCAUGUUCGCCUUGCUCUUGGGGUAGGAAGGACCUUAGAGUCUCCAGUCAAAGUUGUGGCCCUCUGCGCUGGUUCUGGGAGCACGGUGCUGCAGGGGAUGGAGGCCGACCUUUACCUCACAGGAGCCACACAGUCUGAUAAGGCAGACCCUCCUGACUGUCAUCUCUGAUGGUUACUCAGGACUAAGCUGGAAGAGUCUGCUCACCUCCUAGAAUAAACACUCUGAACAAUGCUACUGGCUCCACAUUGAAUUAGAGGGAAAAAAAGUAGACUUCUCAAGUAAGUUUUUUAAAAAGAGAGAAGCAAAAUCUAUGAACCAUUCUCUAAACUUACUCAUCUUUUAUAUGAAUGUUCAUGUAUUAAAAUGACAAACAUGCUAAGAAAAUCAGUUUCUACAGUAUUACAAGAACUGAUUGAGCACUCUCUGCAUCGGGAAUGCAGUGUUAAUGUCAACUUUUAUAGGGUGCAAGAAUGCCUGUUCGACAUCCCCUGUGCCUUUUUUGGGCCUGUGUAUUUGGCCAUUUUAUUUAUUUUUAAGAUUUUAUUUAUUCAUUCAUCAGAGAGAGCACCAGCAGGGGGAACGGCAGUCAGAGGGAGAAGCAGGCUCCCCGUGGAGCAGGGGCCCAAUGCGGGGCUCGAUCCCGGGACACCGAGAUCAUGACCUGAGCUGAAGGCAGACGCUUAACAACUCAGCCACCCAGGUCCCCCGAUUUGGCCAUUUUAUUAAGAGCAGUCAGAAAAAUCUUUCAAGGUUUUCAGUCUGUUCACUCCUGUCAGAAGCAAGUAACAGAAGUUGGGAGCCUUAGCAGUCAAGCUCUUUAACCGGUAAAAGUAUAAGGAACAUUGAUACUGAAACAAGUUAAUGAAGAGUGUAGAAUAAUUAGCAGAAUUACAGAUCUUCAGAUCUGUAAGAUGCACUUAUAAAUUUUUGAAGGACUUAAAAAAUUUUUAGUAAAAAACCAGUACUAUAAAAAAGUGGUUCUAUCCAAAUUGGCUUUUUAUUUAUUAAUAGACUGUUGACACAUACUGCUUAUUAGUAGUAUGGACACGAAAAUUAUAAAAAUAAACCAGUAGAUAUUUAGGGGCAAAUGCAAAAUUUGCAUAUUAGGUCAUUAAAGAUUUUAUAUACUUUUUUAUACUACAAGUUAUAAACUAGAUAUAUUAAGCAAAAACAAGGUGCAAACGAGCACAUAUCAUAUGCUACCAUUUGUGUUUUUAAAAGGAGAUACAGACACAUACCCUUCCGUGUGCAUAGAAUACCUCUGGAGGAAUAAACUAUCACUGGUUGCGUAAGGGACUGGAUCGGUGAAGGGGAAGGAAACUCACUUUUUAUUGAAUAUCCUUUGGUAACAAAAAUUUUUAGAAUCAAAUUCGUGUACUAGUUUUUUAAAAUAUUUUGAUUAUAUAUGACUAAACCCUUAUCCAUGGAUUUAACAAAUUAUAUGCCACAAAGAGAAAAGACUUAAAUUCUGAGCAUUUUGGGAAACAGUUUCAUGAAAGGGCUUUACAAGAUAAAGUAUGUACCGCAUCAGCAGUUUCAAUUACAGUGAUAUUUUAUUGAAAAAUUUCAUUUCCAAGUAUGAAGUAUUUUAGAGAGUAUGUGAAGACUAUAAGCUGAGCAGUGGCCAAAGUUAGCCUUUUUCUCUUUCCUAAGGAAAAAGGCUCGUGUAAAUAUUUAGAGGGCUUGAAAUUGUUACUUUAAGAAAAAAACUGAAACAUCUUACAGUGAGUUUUGGGUCUACUUGAUAGAGAAGUCCAGAUUAAAAUCAGCCAUUAAUAUGCUACUCGUAAGUUACUGAAGAAAAAUGUCAAUGCAAGAAUAAUUACAUUUUUUUUUCCUAUUGUCUUGAAAACAAUGCCUAAAAUGUAAUUCAGGACUGUGUUUCUGUAGCCUGGCUUCUUACUUGUGUCAUGAAGGUGAUGGCGCAGAUGUUGGCUGUUCCAAGUAUCACGAUUAUUGUUCAUGUGCUUUCUAAGGUGGGUAUACACCCGAUAUGCUCAUUAUGCUUUUCCCACUAUCCCAACUGAAGAGGGUCAUUCCCUCUUCCCCCACCCCACCAGCAUGGAGUCUAAAUCCAAAAGGAGAAAGCUAGAUCACCUACUCUUCCCCAGUCUUACACACCUUUUUUAAGCCUUUUAAGAACAGGAAGAUGAUCUGCCUUCUUUACACUCAUCAGCUCUGACAGAACAGCAAAUAGAUUUAUGUGAUGUCACUGUUUUUGUACUUCCAUGCUCUGGAACAAACACAUUUGCAAACAAUCAGCUCUGGGAGUGUUUAAAAGGCCCUCAAAAAAUUAGGAAUAAUAUCUCCAGUAUAAAAGAAUUCAAAAACAUCCAGCUCCAAAUAGUCCCUGAGCACACUGUUCAUUCCAGCAAGAAGUCUCCAGAGAGGUAAUGAAUGAAAGGCACGUUUUCUCCAACUUGAGGACCGCUGCAUAGUAUAGAGAUGGUACACCAGCCAGGCUAAUCAAGGUUCUAACUGAUGACAUUCCUCCCCUCCCAUCUUCAGUCUUGUACACUGGAAGAGUCUAAUGUUAGAUGUAAACACAACACUUUAGACUAGAGGAGUGGCAGCUGGGGUACAACCCCUCCUUCCACAAAAGAUUCAAGAGUAAAGGACAACUUCAAGACUCCUCUUCUUCCUUUUCCAGGAAAUCACUCAGUGUUCCAUUGUCCACAGGAAUUAAUAGAUAUUCCACUCCAUCAGUUCCCUAAAAGAAGUGAGAAUACCCUGGGUGUUAGUCAUUUGUAAAGCGAUAUAGGUGAACCAUUUAUUAUUUUAUAGAAAUAUAGAAAUGUAAAGAUUAAGGCAAAAGGGUACGUAGGGUUAUCUGUUUAAAUACACUGAGUUUAUAGUUAAACCACUUCAUAGUAGAAAAGAAGACUAGAGGGUGAGUAGAUCUCUUUACCCUCCUCUUUCUAGAAUCUUACCCUACUGAUUUCUCUGUUCUUUUAUCCAGGUAUCUCCACCCCCCCAUACACCGCCCGCCCCCCCCCCCCGCCCCUUUAAAAAAGUAAUCUCUAGGUGCCUGGGUGGCUCAGUUAAGCAUCUGCCUUCUGCUCAGGUUGUGAUCCCAGGGUCCUGAGCUCCCCACUCAGUGGGAAGUCUGCUUGUCCCUCUGCCUCUGUCCUUCCCCCUGCUCAAGCUCUCUCUCAAAUAAAAUCUUUUAAAAAAAAAUUUAAAAAGUAAUCUCUACACCCAACGUGGGCUGGAAUUCACGACCCUGAGAUCAACAGUAACAUGCUCUACUGACUGAGCCAGCCAGGUGCUGCCCUUUUUAAAUAACCCUCGCUAAACUCUCAUUUCUAUCACCCAACCUCUGUACCUUUCCAGAAGAGUUGUCAAUAAUUACUGGUGUCCGUUUCCUCACCUUUCACUCAACCCAGUCCAACCUAGAUACUACCACCAUUAUCAUGUCAUUAAAAGACCUUCUGUUUGGACCACCAAGGAAUUCCUUACUCCUGAAUCCAAUACAUAUUUUCAGUUUUCAUCUUUUUGGCCUCUUAGCAGAACCUGACACAGCUGACUGUUCUUUCUUAAAACAUGCUUCUCUUAGCUUCUAUGACAUCAUAUUCUGGUUUUCUUUCUGGCUGUCUGGCUAUUUCUCCUGCCUCUACACGUUUAUCUUCUUCUUGGCCAUUAAUGUCACACUUCUAGGCUUAGUUCCUGGCCUCUAAUCUCUCUCCUACCAAUGCCUGGUUUUCGUUACAACCUAAAUACACAGAGAUUAAUCUAGCUCUAGCUCAGAUCUUUCCUCUGGUUUCUUUUCCUAGGAAACCCAGUUGCCUAGUUGACAUCUCCAUUUGGAAAUCUCAAAAGAACCUCAAACAGAGUAAGUCCAAACACUACAAUCAGGAACUCAUGAUCUGUCUCCCCAAAAAUGUUUCUCAUCCAGUGAUCUCACCAUUUCUCUGGUUAUUUAUGCAAGCCAGACACCAGAAAUCAUUCUUGACACUUUCCCUUGGUGCUCAUAUCCAAUCUAUCAAUUCUUGUCAGUUUUGCCUCUCAAGUGUAUCUGAUCUCCAACCACUUUUCUGUCUUCAUCCUAGUCAAGUUACCAUCAGCUCUAACUACUACUCCUACUAACACACCUCCCUAGCUGGUCUCUGUGUGUUUGACAUUUAGCAAUCCCUACUCCACUCUACUCCAUUCCAUUCUCCGUACCAGAGUCAGAACAAUUUUUUUUAAUGACUUCCCUUAAUUUUCAAAUGAAGAUUAAAAUCCUUUCCUUGGCCUAAAAGUAGCGUGUGGGCUAGCCUUUACGUCAUUGUCUUUUCAGCCUCGUCUUAGGGCACACUGGCCUUUCAGUUUUUCUCUUUGACCAGUUAUCUCCCAGUUUCCCUCUAGAUCUCAGCUCAGUGGUCUAAUGUGACUCUGACGUCUUUCAGAACCAUGUGUCUUUCUGCUCAUAGGACACCACAGGUAAAGCUUUACGUGUGUGUGAUUAUUUGACAAAUGACCAUCUCCUCCAUUAGACUUUAAGCUCUAUCAGAAAGGAGUUAGGCUUUUGCUUACUACUAUAUCCUAAUACUUAGUGCUCCAUAUAGACCCAAUUAACGAAUGUGGUAGAAGGAAGAGGGGGAAAAAGGAAUAGAAUUAUUUGACUCCUAUUUCUAAUGGCCUAUUACUCUUGAACUAGAACUCUUUAAGUUUUCUGCUCUGAAGCUGAGUACUUCUACUUUAUCUCUUUCUGUAGAACUCAAAUGGCACACCCCCUAAAUGGAUCCUUGUGGCCCAUCAUGGAACCUGCAUUUUAUUGUCAAAGUUGAGUCAAACGCAUACGUGUCCUUAAGUAAACAAGAGAUAAGGUAAUCCUAGCAUAUAAUGCUGUAAUAGCAAAACUCUCACCUUCUUUGUCCUUAUAAGCUUGUGGUCCCUAAAUUCCGUUAACUGGGCCCGAAGUGUCAGAUCACUAUUGACCAGGAAUGCCUCUCGACACUGUUGGUAAAAGUCUUGAAAAGAAAAUCCUAGAGAGUUCAAAAGGAGAUGUGAAUAUAAGUCAGCAUUUAAGACAUGACCCCACACAUGGGUACCCAUACCAAAGAACACAAGCUGUUGCCAUAGUAUGUCAAAGCAGUCAGUCAGUAUUGAUAAAAAAAAAAAAAAGGUACCUCUGGAAGAAGCAAAACUAGAGAACACUUAAGUAUUAUACGCUGUGGCUUACAUCUUAAAGGGAACUGACUGGCUGAAAGCAGUCAUCUGUGACCAAGUAAAACAAAUCUUGUGGACAGCUUUAAACAGCAUGAAUAAAGUUGACUUUUAAAGAAGGAACUAGUAAGUCAAGAGAGCUGUGCGAUUAUUAAAAUCUUUGUCUAAAUUAACACAUUUUUACCUAAGGGGAAGAAAAUCUGCUAAGAUGCCCAGCAUAUGAAAUAUAUGUAAUUGGUAGACACACAUCCACAGUUACCAUAGGAAAUGUAAAAACAGGCCAAAUGUGUCUUUGGGCGUGCACUGGCAAACGGCCUGUUCAGCAGUGUCUCUGGGGGGCUUCUUGAAAAUGUGCCAUGUGGCAGACAAACUGAUCCCGGAGCAAACCAUGUAUCUGCUCCUGUGAAACACUGCAGUGCUAUUCCUAGAUUCCAGAAAAAGGAAUUUAUGGGGGGAAACAAAAGUCACACACGAUUUAGUAUCAUAAAUACCAAUGUAAGAAGGGUUAUCCUGGUUAUCCAGCUGAUACUUUAUUAGUAGCCUGAAAAUCCCCCUAAGGAAAAAAACAAAACAGGAAUUCAAAUCCAGAACGUUAACAUCAAAAGACAACAGUAAAACAGACAAAGAUAAUGUGAAAUACUUGGUUUAAACCGUAUGUAUUUUCUUCUGUUCCUUUCUCCAGGGAACAUCCUAUCCUGGCCUACUUAAAAAGGAGAAGCUUUUUAAAAUUUCCUUUUAAGGAAAAUCUAGGAGUUUUUUUUAAGGCUACAGGGUUGUUCAAGUUAGAAAAUGUGGAAUAUAUAAUAAAAUGUACAGAGGAAAAUAUUAAUGUCAUAACCCUAAAAUAACAGCCACUAACAUUUGAUGUGGAAAUAUCUGUGUGCUGCCUUUGCAAAUCUUUGUCAAUGAAGCAAGGUGGAAACACAAAUUCAUGCAUUUAUAUAUAGUAUACACUAUUUUACAUCUCACCUUUCACUUAUUUUCCUGUAUCAUUAAAAAGUCUUCCUAAAUUUUUAAUGGCUGCCCACCUAUCAUGUACCACAAACUUACCAUUGCCCUACUCAUUUUGGAUGUUUAUAUUACUUCCAAUUUUAAUUGUUAAAAUUGUACAUAAAUAUUCUUACAUAUCAAUUUUGACAGAAGUGUACAAAGUGGAUUAGGGCUGAAAGCAUCUCACCCACACUAAGAUUUCCAGAAGUCCUUUGAUGUGGCAAAAACUUUAAUCCUUUACAUUUACAUUUUUAAGAUAAUCUAGAAAAUAAGCACUAUAAGCAUAUUUGGAUCAUCUGAAUGGCCACAUUAUAACUAGAUACUGCCAGUGACUCCACAGCUAAAGGUUGGUUAAAGUUUUUGAUCACAUUCAUACCAAAUAGAGACUAAAUGAUAUUGGAGUUUGCAGAAUGAAACAAAAUUGCAGUAAAAAAAAAAAAAAAACAAAA